CCCACCCCCCAGAUCGGUUACCCACUCUGCCAUCCCGCAGUCGAUUCAUCAACCAGGACUGACAAGACAACCUUCCAAGAUGGCUUCUCCUCACCCGCCGGAGGAUGAGACGGCUGCACAGCCAGCAUCACGGACCAGGACCUGGGGUUCCCUGCCUGGACAGACUGAUCCACUAGACCUACCCCUCCGCGAGCUGAACGACAAUGCCAACCUGGACGAGUUCACCUCGGAGACCCGGACGGGCAACAUCAUCAAGCCCGUCAAGUCGAAUGUCACGGGCCAGAUGGAAGAUUGGAAACUAGUUACUUUCAAGAUCGACGAUCCCGAGAAUCCCAAGAACUGGUCCAAGGCCAAGAAGUGGUGGUGCACAAUGUGUGUCGCGUGGACUUGUUUCGUGGUUGCUUUCGCCAGUGGUGUUAUCACAGCAGGUCUCGAAGGCCCCGAGAGGACGUUCCAUGUCUCGGAGGAGGUUGCGUUGCUUACCAUCACCGUCUUCGUCGUGGGCUUUGGUGUUGGACCAAUGGUUUUCGCCCCGCUUUCAGAAGUGAUUGGGCGUCGCUGGGUCUAUGCAGGCACUCUUCUGGUCGCCGUGAUCUUCGAGAUCCCCUGCGCAGUGGCCCCCAACAUUGGUACACUGAUCGUGUGUCGAGCAAUCGAUGGCAUUGCCUUCAGUGCGCCCAUGACUCUGGUCGGAGGAACUCUGGCUGAUAUGUGGAAGAACGAGGAGCGUGGUGUGCCCAUGGCCGCCUUUAGUGCAGCACCUUUCGUCGGUCCCGCCAUUGGACCCCUGGCUGGUGGUUUCCUCUUCGAUAGCGCGGGCUGGCGCUGGCUGUACUGGCUCCAGAUGAUCCUUGCUGGAGUUGCCUGGAUUUUGAUCACAUUCACAGUGCCAGAAACAUAUGCCCCAACCCUGCUCAAGGCGCGAGCCAAGAAGCUGAGAAAGCAAGAAAAUGAUCCCAAGUACGUGACCGAGCAGGAACUCGACUCGCGACCACUCGGAGAGAAGAUCAAGAUCUUCUUGCUGCGUCCGUUCCAGCUCCUUUUCAUGGAACCCAUUGUGCUGUUCAUCUCCGUCUACAUGUCUGUCCUCUACGGUCUGCUCUACAUGUUCUUCGUUGCCUUCCCCAUCGUCUAUGUAGAGGGUAAGGGAUACAGUGAGGGUAUCACCGGUCUCAUGUUCAUCCCUCUCGCCCUUGGAGUGAUCAUGAGUGCCUUUUGCGCGCCAUUUGUCAACAAACACUACCUGAAGGUCUCCGCCAAGUUCAACGGAAAGCCUCCUGCGGAGUACCGCUUGAUCCCCAUGAUGGUCUCCUGCUGGUUUAUCCCCAUUGGUCUGUUUAUCUUCGCCUGGACCUCAUACCCCGAUGUGCACUGGAUCGGACCCGCCAUCGGUGGCUGGCCCAUCGGAUUUGGCUUCAUCUUCCUGUACAACUCCGCCAACAACUAUCUUGUCGACACCUACCAACAUCAAGCAGCAUCUGCUCUGGCAGCCAAGACCUUCCUGCGAUCCCUCUGGGGUGCCGGUGUGGUGCUUUUCACCGAGCAGAUGUACCACCGCCUUGGCUACGAGUGGGCCGGUACACUGCUGGCUUUCCUGGGUCUUGCUUGCUGCGCGAUCCCCUACGUCUUCUGGUUCAAGGGCGCGGCCAUCCGUCGUCAUUCCCACUUUGCCUACUCUGAGGGGGAUGACGAGGCCGCCACCGCAAAGGCCCUCGACAUCGAGAAGGGCAGCCAGGACAGCAACGGCCAUUAAAAAAAAAUCGAAACAAACCAACGCAAAGAAAAGAAACGCCGUCGAAAAUGCGUU